UCUCUUCACACCUUCAUGGUGCUAGUGCUGGCGAUGCCGUGCCCUAGGUCCCGGGAUCGCUCGCUCCGGGGGGAAAGCCGUUGGCUGCGAACGAACGCCGUCUGUUCGCGCCAUGCUAGAUGGUGGUGUUCACCGUGAUGCCGGUGUUGAACACUUACCCGCGAGUGUGUGUGCGCGCGUGUGUGUCUGUGGUUGCCUGACGGCAAUGACAAAAGGGACGUACGUUGGGGAAAGGGCUGCUUCGAUGAUGACGACUACUACUCCUCCUACAUACGACGAAGGACGAUAAUGACCGUGAUUCCGGCCGGCCGUGGGUUUGCCUUGAUGGCGUGGCGUCACGGACAAAAUACACGGUUUACUUUUUCAACGCACAGCACAGAAGGAGCGUUACAACGAGAAUCUUGCCGUUUUUCUCUUCCCGCCUUAGAUCUGGGGAAGUCCAUGUGGCAGUGUCUGUUCGACAAAAAAAUUCCAAUUUUCUUCUAUCCCGUCUGUUCCACCGCCGCGCGCGCGCGCGAGCGCGAACAUGGCGUUCGAGCAAGCGGGUUGCGCUCGUUCCUGGUGUUCGCGCUGAUGAAAAAGGGCGCGAAGAAAAGAAGAAACGAACCGAAGGAACGAGCCGCAUGGGGCUCAGACAGCAAGAGGUAUUCUGGCUCUCAGACUCAAAAACCAGGAACGCAACGCAAACAAGAGAUGGAUCUUCCGUUAUUUUGGCAAAGAUCUGGCUUGCCGCUAGGCUGGGGCUGUUCCGCUCUACUGCACGUACUACUUUGUACGUGCGACAAAGUAGGUGUAUGUGUAAGAUAUGUGAAGAGGACUGAGCGUGGGAGUGGGAGAGGGAGAGACGUGAGGCACGGAUUACGUGGGCUUCCAUCACCUUCCUGCUCGACCGCAAAGGAAAAACGAUACGAACAACACAUCAAAUCCACUCCCACACUCCCAUAUCAGCCCGUUCUUGACAGCAUCAAAGCAACGACCUUGCGUUCGUUGAACGACAUACGCAGCAGCAGCAGCGCGCGGCCCUUGUGUGUUCUUCGUAACUCGGUCCCUUUCGGUCGUCCCAUCAACGGGCAUUCGACAGUAAAACUAUAUCGGUCUUUUAUCUUGGAGAGGAUCUAAGUUGACGAACGCCUCGCUUUCUCGGUUCUAAUCUGUUUUUGCCUCUCUCUCUAUCUUCGUCUCUUCCUGCCGGUUCUACUUCGCCGUUUCGUCUCCGUGCCCGUUCUUGGUUUGCCCUACCGGACUACCGUGCCAUUGUUUCCCUCCGUGCUCCUCCUCCUCCUCCUCCUUCUCGUUUCUGUCUCUCACCCGUCUUCCACAUUGCCAGCAAUGUCUGUUCUUUCGUAAACUCUGUGCUUCCCAAGUCACCAAGUUUCCAUGGAUAUUCAAUGUGACCUUCUUCCUACUCUUCCCCCAACUUCCC